CAAGACCUGCCGGCUGGAUUAGAUGAGUUAACACAACGCAAACGGUGACAAAGAAGUUGUUUUCAACUUCAAGCCAGAUUAUUUGGAACGUACUAUGUAAUUUAGGUGUAUUAGGGAUUUAGAAACCUGUGGAGUAUGUCUCUAUCCGAGCAGAGCCAGCAGUGGUACCCGACAAGCGUACAGGUGACGGUGCUUCAGGCGCGCAACCUGCGGGUUAAGGGCAAAAAUGGCACCAACGACGCGUUCGCUGUCAUCCAGGUGGCCAAGGACAAGUUCUCCACAUCGGUGGCGGAGAAGAGUGUUGCCCCGGUGUGGAAGGAGGAGGCCAGCUUCGACCUACCGCUCUUCCACCGGAGCAAUGCUGAUCGCUGCAAGCUGUACGUCAUUGUAAUGCACCGCGCACUGGGAGGUCUGGAUAAACUACUGGGUCAGGCCGUGAUCAACCUGGUGGAUCUGCAUGAGGACCAGGCCAGGAAAAAAACAGAUUGGUACAAGCUGGUGGAUAAGGGUGGUAAAACUGAUAAGGACCGAGGCGAGGUUCUCCUGGACAUCCAGUUCACGAGAAACAGCAUGACAGCCAGCAUGUUCGACCUCUCCCUGCAGGACAAGCCUCGUUCUCGCCUCUCCAAAAUCAAAGACAAAGUCCGGGGCAAGAAAAAGGACGUCGACUCGGCUUCUGCCGUCGUACCAGCCUCGGUUAACCAGGUCCUGACAGACAGCGAAGGGGAAGAAGAUGAUAACCCGGGCUCUCUGAGAAACAAGAAGUCCUCAAAGUUCAAGUCUCUGUUUGGAUCGAAGACUAAUCUGAACAAGGGAAUAUCCCAGUCCAUGAACACGCUGGGGACGCUGCCGGAGAAGAACAGCACGCUGAGCAGCAGCCGAACCUCAGGCCUUAACGAAGAGUCUGCUGAAGGCAAAAGCAAGUUCAAAUUUCUGGGCCACAAGCGUAACGGUAGCACCGACAGUAAAGUGUCCCUGGGUCCAUUCUCUCUGCUGAAUCGCAACAAACAGAGCACGCCCGACCCAAACAAUGUGUGUAUCAACGGCAAUCAUGUUUACUCCAAGGAGCAAGAUCCCAAUUCCGGUUCCUCCCUAAGUCUUAAUGACUCUGCUAAGGGUUCCGUAGAAGACCUGAGAAACAACCAUGGACGCAAUGCAUCAACCAGCUCCGUCGACUCUUUCAUGGGCUUCGGUAUUCCCAGUUACAAACCUGAACCGGUGGAGAGAUCUUUACGUCCUCAAGAGGACGUCAGAAGGCAGGAGCUUCAGGACGACCAGGAAAGAAAGAAGCAACAAGAGCAAGAAGAAAGACCAAGAAAGCUGGAGGACGAGGAGAAAAAAAUAAAGGAGGAACUGCAGAGGAAGUUCCACGAGGAAGAGCAGCUAAGAAAGAAGCGUGAAGAAGAAGCAAGAAAAGCAGAAGAACUAAAACGACAGGAGGAGUCCCGAGUCACUGAAAGACUCACCAAUCUUUUCGGCUUUGGAAAGAAGAAAGACGAGCCAAGUCCUCCAGCUGUGGAGAGUCCCAAACAUCUGGAUAUACCUGCCUCCUCAAACCCCUUUGAGGAAAUUUCUCUCAGCCCGGAAAACACCAAUCUGUCACUGAAUGAGAGCCCAGACGAGCCAUGGAAAGAAAAGGGAACCAGCUUUACCCCAACACCGCCCAUCAGCAGCUUUCCUGCACGUACAGCCAAGGUUUCUGCAGUCAAACCCAGACCACACCCAGUGAAACCUUUGAGUCUCAUUGACAGCCUGUCCCCCGGUGGCAUUUACAUGGGAAACGAUUUCAAGACUCCAACAAUCAGAGAAGUGGCAGAGAAAUCAAAGGCUGUUGACAGUGGUCCCUACACCCAGCUUACUCAGGACGAGCUGAUCACACUGGUAGUGAAGCAGCAAGUUGAGCUAUCCAAGAAAGAUGAAAAAAUCGGUGAGCUGGAAGAAUACAUCGAUAAUCUGCUGGUGCGUGUCAUGGAAGAAAAACCCAACAUUCUGUCAACCCUUAUCUUCAAGUGUUAGGGUGGGCGGCAAGUUCUUUAAUUAUGAUUUUAUAUGGUGGAGGGUGAAUAUCUGCCCAUGUCUUUGACAAAUAAUGAGCUUCUGAGGAACCAUACAUUCCAGAAAGAUUUUCUUCCAUCUGUUGUUGGCACACCUACCUUUGCAUCAAUUCUACCCCAUUGAAUGCAUAACCAGGUUGCCUUUCAGAUUCUUUAGGUUGAGCUCCUGUUUAAUCAGACAGAUAAAGGUAAAAUUAUUUGAUUAAGACAGGGCAUCCAGGGCAGCCUAUAGAUAUAUUUUGCUCUGGUUUUGUUACUCAUAGAAAAAUAUCUGCUGUAUUUUUAAACUUAAGCACUUUUUGACUUGAUUGAAUGGUGACAAAUGAAGGAUUUUUGCUGGAAUUGUCUUAACCUCAGAUUUAAUGUUAUAAUAAUUGCUUCUUCAAUGGCUGACAGAUGGACUUUUAGAAUGAGUUAAUUGAAACAUUUUUUCUGGUCAGCUGAUGAUACUUCUCCAAAAUAGUGUUUUUGGAGACCAUUGGACCCGGCUUCGAAUUUUAGACCAUGUCAGAUUUUAGUCUGUCAUAUUAGAGGAGAAUGUAGCAAUAAAAUGUCUUUGUUUGUCCUAUAUGUCCUUAUGCUUCUGAGAUAAAACUGGUUGUGCUUAGCAAGUGUUGUUACAUAUUAGUUUUACAUGGCUGUUUAUGAAAUCCUGUACCAUAAGACUAAGACCAUAAAGCCUUGGUCAAUUUCAUAUGACCUCACGAGGUUUAAUUGCAGUUUUUGUCCAAUAAUAGUGUUAGUUGUCUCUUUUUCCCUGACGGGGUCUUCCUGGUACUUUCAGUUGUCUGCGUACCAGAAUACCACAAUUGUGUAUAGAGGUUAUAUGACCAGUUGGUCAAAAUCGUUCUUUCAUUUCCAGCCCUGGGAGUGGAUUGCUUUUAUACAGGGUACAAACCUAAUGUGAACCACUAACAUCUGUUUUUAGAUGGAGAGUUUUAGAAAACAUCCAGGGUUCCAAGUCUUUUAAAUUUGUCCAAACAUACAAAACUCUCAGUCCAAACGGAAAUUGGUUGUUGCAGUAGUUUUGCUCUAAAAUCAGUCCUGACCGUUGAAGCAGACCCGCUUAAUUAAGACCUGCUGAUAUAACUGGGUCCAGAAGUUUCUGUUUUCAGCUGAAAGUGAAUUCUCUUUUUGUUCAUUGCUGGAUUUUGAUGCUUAUUUUAAUACUUAUAGAUCUUGGCUGUGGAUUAUUAUGUCUUUUAAAACAGAAAGCAGUUAUAUACCAUUUAUUUCAGACCUAAAAGUAAUACACUAUGGAGCUGUUCACUUCCAUACUUAAAACACUGUAAUCGUUAUUAUGUAUUGGUCCUGGCUGCUGUCUUCUCUGUUUUAAGAUGUAUGUUUUAGGCAUGAUUUUUCUAUGUUGUUAAAUAUAUUUAUUUGACUAGCUAACUAUUAAGAAAACCUUGAAUCUUCCAAAAUGAUUACAGGGAUGUUAAAUUUGCCUAGAAGCGUUUCAUUCUGUUAAGCAGGUUUUUUGACAUUCCACCAGUUUGAGAUGCUGGUAAACACACAAACCGGUAAUAAUGUAAGAGUUUGCCUUACAGUGUACCAACACUACUAUUACUGCAGCUCCAAUUCCAUAUACUGGUACUACUUACUACAAGUGACAACUGGAUAUAUGUUUAUCACUGUGAGUAAAUUUCAGACAAGCUGUAGUAAUGCUUGAGCAAUUCAGGAUUGAGGGGCUUUAAGAUCAAAUGCAAUAAGACUAUCAUUUACUCUGUAUAGUUGUGCCUUCUCUGUUCUUUUAUACCUUAUUUCUACAACCUAAUGAUCAAAUAUAUUUUGAAUAAAGUAUGCAUAUGUACGUAUAUGUUUAAUAAAUAUUUUUUCGCUGUAUUGCUUUUAAAGCUAAAUGUUCUUUCUGCUGUAUAAAAGUGAAUAAACUAUUUAAUAUAA